UUAUUUAUUCCUUAAAUGCUAUAUGUAACUUUACACAUAUGCCAUUGUCAUGAGACAUGAAUGAACUUUUAUGAAAGCAAAAUGACUGAAAGGUAGUAAGAAACAACAGAGUUCACUUCAAGGAGUAAGAAGGCAAUGGAUGAAAAAGAGGACUAGGUUAGGGAUGGAGGAGAGCGAGGGCGAGAGAACAGCGAGUCAUUGUGUUGGUACACCAGGCACUGGGAGACACACUCAAGACACAUUAACGCAUUCACACACUGACAAAAACACGCACAUAAGAGAAUGCUUCUGCCCACUGCUACACAGACCCGAGCUGGCAUCCCAGAGGGCAGCACUUCACUCCUGUCUUUGCCUCUGAAUCGUACAACCCAAGUGACAUUCACUCUAGCUGAGCCUAUUCAGAGGUCUGAAUCUGUAGGUUUUACCUCCAUCACAGGUUUAUGGCAUUUCGGGUCAAGCUCUAUAUCCAGAUCGAAGUUACCCAAAGCAAGAAGGUGGAGGAUUAGCAGAUGAGUGACUGUGGAAGGAGUUACACUUCAAAGACUUUGUUGUCAGUCUUUAGGUCCACUUGUCAGCCUACUCUCUUUAUUUAUUGGAACUCACUUUGGAAAGACUUUGUCUUUGCAAUUCUUACUGGCGUUGAAGUCAAUUGAAGGCUUCUGUCUGUGCUAUCCACUGGACUCUUCCAAGUGAUCAUUCUUGGAAAAGAUUCACCAUGGCAACUACCGGCAUGCAGCUGUUUGGCUUGGUCCUGUCCAUCAUGGGUUGGGUGGGUGGCUUCCUGGUGUGCACCUUGCCCAUGUGGAGGGUCACUGCCUUCAUCGGAAACAACAUCGUAACGGCACAGAUCACAUGGGAGGGCCUGUGGAUGAAUUGCAUCUGGCAAAGUACAGGGGAGAUUCAGUGCAAGGUCUAUGACAGCCUGCUGGCUCUUCCUAGUGACAUGAAGGCUGCCCGGGGUCUGACAGUUCUCGCGUUACUCAUCUGCACCCUGGCACUCACUCUGGGUGUUCUGGGUGUCAAGUGCACACAGUGCGUGGGCCUCCCAAGCCCCAAGGCACGCUUGGCCCGCGUGUCUGGUGUGCUCUUUUUCAUCGCUGGGUUCCUCAUCCUCAUACCUGUCUGCUGGACAGCCCAUUCCAUCAUCAGGGAUUUCUAUGACCCCUAUGUGGCAGCUCCUCACAAACGUGAGCUCGGCCCUGCACUCUACCUAGGUUGGGGAGGUUCAGCUCUGCUUUUGAUCGGUGGAUCUCUCCUCUACGCAGGGUCCAAUCCCCCUGGGAUUCCCUCUUCUCCUACAUUUAGCAGUGGGGAGAGCAGCCCACGUCGAGCGGGUGGACCAGCCCAGGUCAAGGGUUAUGUUUAAUGACCAGCAUCGACACACCAGUCCCCGAAAACCUUCUCUUCUAGAGUUUCCCAUUGUGAUAGAUUCAAGUUCAUUUUAAUCUAUUUUUUAUCAUUCAGAAUAUUUCUGUAGAGUGAUGGAGGUAGUAAAUUGAAAUGUGAAAUCAAGUUUCCUUGCCACCUUUAAUGUCCACUUAUAAAUCUGUCUUUCUUUGCUAUUCAAUAAUAAAACCUUAAAUCCUU